AUGACUGUCGUUCACAUUGUGUUAUUCAAGUUCCGUUCCGAUGUGACGGAUGAACACAAAGCAACGUUUGUGAGGGAGCUCAAGACGCUCAAGACACUUCCCUGUGUGAAAGCACAGCGUCUUGUUGUCGGUGGUCCCUCCAUUACCGACCCGAUAGAGCGAAGCAAAGGCUAUCACUUCGCGCUUUUGAGCUUCCAUGAGGACCGCAAGGCACUUGAAGGGUACCAGGCUAGUGCUGAACACCACAGAGUGACCAGCACCUACCUCUGGCCCUUCAAAGAGGAUGUCACAAGAUUUGAUUUCGAAGUUGAGCAAGAAGAUGAACACAUGUGGGACUUUGUGGCGAAGGGAAUCGUGAAUGGCGCUGUGUAG